UAACAGCCCACCAAGUCCUACACGUGCUCAGAGCUUGGGAAAAGGGAAAAAUAAAAAGGGAAACUGCCAGGACUUAAGAUGUCUGCUCGAAGCGACUUCGGUCUCCCAGGAAGGGCCUACCCGCUUCCAAUAUGUCCGUCCGCAGUCCUGACGUCACUCGGUCAGCUUCAUCAAGCCAGAAAGCCGGUGCGCUCCAAUCAGGACUCAGUCCCCUCACCCACUACCCUUGAUCACGUCACUUCCGGUGGUGCAGCAGCCAUUUUGUCAGUCGCCAGUGGAUCCCGCGCGCUGGAGAAGUGCAGUUCCCCCUGGUUACCAAUUCGUCCGUUCUCCCUUCGCGCUGCGGGCGCCGUCGAAGAGCACUCACCUCUGAUACACUGGUUCCUCCCUACAGUCCCUCCGCCGUUGUUGCAUCCGCCCGGAGCCAGUGCGUUGUCUUCCUCCCCCACCACUGACAGGCGCCCUCAGGGAGCCGCCGUCAGCGAUGUCAAGCGAGGAAAGCUACCGGGCCAUUCUUCGAUACCUGACAAACGAGCGUGAGCCGUAUGCGCCGGGCACCGAGGGCAAUGUCAAGCGUAAAAUCCGCAAGGCGGCCGCCUGCUAUGUGGUGCGCGGUGGGACUUUGUACUACCAGCGGCGGCAGCGGCACCGCAAGACCUUCGCGGAACUGGAGGUGGUGCUGCAGCCGGAGCGGCGCCGGGGGCUCAUCGAGGCGGCGCACCUGGGCCCGGGCGGCACUCACCACACCCGGCAUCAGACCUGGCACGACUUGUCCAAGACUUACUGGUGGCGAGGUAUAUUAAAGCAAGUGAAAGAUUACAUUAAACAGUGUAGCAAAUGCCAGGAGAAACUGGAUCGCUCCCGUCCAAUAUCAGAUACUUCAGAAAUGCUGGAAGAAUUGGGAUUAGACCUUGAAUCUGGUGAAGAAAGUAAUGAAUCAGAAGAUGAUCUGAGCAAUUUUACUUCACCUCCAGCUACAGCCUCCAAGCCUGCAAAAAAGAAACCAGUAUCCAAACAUGAACUUGUAUUCGUUGACACCAAAGGAGUGGUGAAACGUUCUUCUCCAAAACAUUGUCAGGCUGUCUUAAAACAGCUCAACGAACAGAGACUAUCCAACCAGUUCUGUGAUGUUACUUUGUUAAUUGAGGGAGAAGAGUACAAAGCUCAUAAAUCUGUUUUAUCAGCUAAUAGUGAAUAUUUUCGAGAUCUUUUUAUUGAGAAAGGAGCUGUUUCCAGUCAUGAGGCGGUGGUGGAUCUUUCUGGUUUUUGUAAGGCAAGCUUCCUUCCUUUAUUGGAAUUUGCCUAUACUUCUGUGCUAAGUUUUGACUUCUGUAGCAUGGCUGAUGUAGCCAUCUUGGCUCGCCAUCUUUUCAUGUCGGAAGUUUUAGAAAUCUGUGAAAGUGUACAUAAACUAAUGGAAGAAAAGCAGUUAACAGUGUAUAAGAAGGGUGAGGUCCAAACAGUUGCAUCUACCCAGGACUUACCAGAACAGAAUGGAGGUACCGCACCUCCUGUGGCUAGCAGCGAGGGAACCACAACAUUAUCUACUGAACUUGGGGAUUGUGAAAUUGUACUGUUGGUGAAUGGAGAAUUGCCCGAAGCUGAGCAGAAUGGAGAGCAAGGACAACACCCUGAACCCCAGGUUUCUUCAGAGGCUCAAGCCACUCUGUCACCUGCAGGCAGUGUAACUGGUUCCCAUCCUGAAAUGGAGUCUGUGGAUUUAAUAACAAAAAAUGAUGAGACAGAACUAGAAACUUUAAACAGCAGAGAAGAUAGCACGGUUUCUAAUAUUCAUCCCAAACUUUCAAAAGAGAAUGUAAUCAGUAGCUCUCCAGAAAACAGUGGUAUGGGAAAUGACACAUCAACUGAAGAUAUCUGUGCUGAAGACAUUCCAGAGCAAAUGCAGAACCUUGGCCAGUCUUUAAAAGAUCAGGAAAAUCUAGUUGCACUGACAGCAAAGACAGACCUUGGCCCUGAUGAUGAAACUUACAGAAGCAGGCUUCGGCAGCGUUCUGUUAAUGAAGGGGGGUAUAUCCGACUGCACAAAGGAAUGGAGAAAAAGCUGCAAAAACGGAAGGCCAUUCCCAAGUCAGCAGUUCAGCAGGUAGCCCAGAAAUUAGUUCAAAGAGGGAAAAAGAUGAAACAGCCAAAAAGGGAUACUAAAGAGAAUACUGAAGAAGCAGCAUCCCAUAAAUGUGGGGAAUGUGGAAUGGUUUUUCAGAGACGAUAUGCCCUUAUAAUGCACACACUGAAACAUGAAAGAGCUAGAGAUUACAAAUGUCCGUUGUGUAAAAAACAGUUUCAGUACAGUGCCUCCUUGCGCGCACAUCUUAUCCGACACACCAGGAAAGACGCACCCACUUCAUCCUCUUCCAGUUCUGCGGCCAAUGAGACGUCGGGAACAUCGUCUGAGAAGGGGAGAACCAAACGAGAAUUUAUAUGUUCCAUAUGUGGAAGGACAUUACCUAAAUUAUACUCUCUCCGAAUACACAUGUUAAAGCAUACAGGUGUAAAGCCACAUGCGUGCCAGGUCUGUGGAAAGACUUUCAUCUAUAAGCAUGGCCUAAAAUUACACCAGAGUCUCCAUCAAUCACAAAAGCAGUUCCAGUGUGAACUAUGUGUUAAGUCAUUUGUUACCAAACGGAGUCUUCAAGAACAUAUGAGUAUUCACACAGGUGAGUCCAAGUACCUUUGCUCAGUUUGUGGAAAGUCUUUUCACAGGGGCUCUGGACUAAGCAAGCAUCUAAAGAAACACCAGCCAAAGCCUGAAGUUCGAGGCUAUCACUGUACUCAAUGUGAAAAAAGUUUCUUUGAAGCUAGAGAUCUUCGUCAGCACAUGAACAAACAUCUUGGUGUGAAGCCAUUCCAGUGCCAGUUUUGUGAUAAGUGCUAUAGUUGGAAGAAAGAUUGGUAUUCCCAUGUGAAAUCUCAUUCUGUCACUGAGCCUUACAGGUGUAAUAUAUGUGGCAAAGAAUUUUAUGAGAAAGCAUUGUUCAGAAGGCAUGUAAAGAAAGCUACCCAUGGAAAAAAAGGAAGAGCAAAGCAGAACCUAGAACGGGUGUGUGAACAAUGUGGAAGAAAAUUCACUCAGUUAAGAGAGUAUAGGAGACACAUGAACAACCAUGAAGGAGUUAAGCCAUUUGAAUGCUUAACCUGUGGAGUAGCUUGGGCUGAUGCCCGAUCUCUAAAACGCCAUGUCAGAACACAUACUGGCGAGCGGCCCUAUGUCUGCCCUGUAUGUAGCGAAGCCUACAUAGAUGCUCGAACACUGCGUAAACAUAUGACUAAAUUCCACAGAGAUUAUGUGCCUUGCAAAAUUAUGCUGGAAAAAGAUACCCUUCAGUUUCAUAACCAAGGAACUCAAGUGGAGCAUGCUGUUAGUAUCUUAACAGCAGACAUGCAGGAACAAGAAAGCAGUGGUCCUCAAGAACUGGAGACGGUGGUGGUGACGGGAGAGACCAUGGAAGCGCUUGAAGCUGUUGCGGCUACGGAAGAGUGUCCAUCAGUAUCUACGCUCUCUGACCAAAGCAUUAUGCAAGUGGUUAAUUACGUGUUGGCACAACAGCAAGGACAGAAGCUCUCGGAAGUGGCAGAAGCUAUUCAAACUGUAGAAGUAGAGGUGGCACACAUUUCAGAAGCAGAGUGACUAUAGCAGUGGGGAUCAAAGAAGUGACAUCCCAUGUAUACUGAACUCACAGAACAUCUGUUUACAGGACGACGUGACUAUCUGCCUAGUGUUUAUAGGUCAAGGCUCUGGGCUGUUCGGUGAUGUUUGAACAUUUCCGAAUGGUUUUCUGGCUAAUGGGUUCUAUUGAAAAGUCCGUAUAUGGCAAAGAAAUUGAAAACAAAUCUACUUGAUGGCAUUGGUUUAUCAUGGUGUACUUUUUAUGAAUUAAUGUUUAUAAAGGACUGGACUAAAUUAAAAACUGUAUAGUUUCACUUGCAUUUUGACAUUAUUAUAUACUUUGAGUUUAAAAGGCUGCACUAGUCAGAUCUUCUCUUUUAUUCUAAAAAUAGGUUCUGUGAUUUCAUUUGCCCUGUUUAUAGGUUUAAAAAAAUUCUAAUAUAAAGCAUUUUAGUAGGAUGUAUACGUGUAUUACAUUUUUAAAAUGCUUCAAAUCUGUGAUUCUUGACUUACUAUUUAUUUUAACCCCUUAUAAGUCAGGGAUUUAUUCUAUUUUAAAGCACUUAAUGAGUUACAUGUUGUAAUCAAGUUUGCACAGUAUACUUAUCUAUAUGGGGAACCCUUAAAUAAAUAGCUGAUUUUUUAAAUGCCAUUAAAAUGCAUGAAAUGCCUAUUAAAGCCUUACUAUAUACUAUCUCUUCAAGGCAAGUAAAUUGACCAUGAGCAAAGAACACUGUUGUUAAACACUGUUGAUGGGAAAUUUCUCCUUGAUAACAUGAGACAAUGAAUGAAAAAAAAUCUCAUUCUUUUGCUGAAGAAUGAACAAAUUAAAACUAGAUUUGGUAUGUUUGCAGCUUUUGUAUCAUGUUUAAUUGUUCAAUUUUGUUGAAAAACUGCAAUUUAGAAAUAGGAUAGCAAUAUAGACCUCUACAGCGGUCCUGUGGAUACCAUGUAAUUGUCAAGUAACUUCAGAAUAUUGGAAAGUCUUCAAUUCAGCCCUCAGUAUACUAUUUAAAGAAGUUAAUUGAUUAUGGUCCACCAAAUUGUUGAAAGUAAAUUAUUUUUAAAAGUUACCUGAGAAUUAUAUUAAUUUGUGUGUUUGAUUUUUAAAUUCCCACUUCUAGAAGCUAUCCAGUUUUCUGAUCUUCAAAAUAACUG